AUGGGGAAGCCCAAGGCCAAGCCCACCGCCACGGGUGCUGGCAAGGGGAAAACAUCGGCUACUCGGCGAGUAUCCAGCACAGCCUCCCGUCCAUCCAACGCAGGACGGAUGCGGCUGGUGAUACAAGGCCAAGGGGGGCCUGCUGAGCGGACUCUGCAAGCCGCAUCAUUGCCCCAAGCCCGGACCCGAGCGCUGCACCAGGUGCGCCAGGGACAAGACCGAUCAAGGGGAGAUAAUGCAGCAUCUUUGUUGCUGGUGCCACUGCCACCGACUGCUCCGACGGUACCAUCCCCCCAACGGCGAGACUCUGGCGCGCCAAACACACAUGGAGCUGGUCCAGGACGUACGACAGCAAAGUCAGACACGUCCCCACGUGCAUUACGCGCUGCUCGACGUGGAGUGGCGUCGCAGCAACAGGAGCAGCAGCAGCACGAGGGGCUGGCGGGAUGGGAGGGAACGGCUGCACUUGGGGAGCUGGCGGCUGAUGCAGCUGGGGCUGGGGCAGCGGAAACUGGUUUGGCGGCGGCUGUUGAUGCUGCUGAGGCCGAGGGUGCGGCGCUGCUGGAGGAGACUGACGCAGCUGCUGCGGAUGAGGGGACGAGGAUGGCGCAGGAGGGGACACAAACGGCUGGGACGGUGGGGGGAGUGUCCGCUGCCGAGACUGCUGCCGCCUCUGACAGCGGCUUAACCUCGCCGGCUGUGGUGCGACCGCCUGAACCGCUGCUACCUGAGGGGGGGGGUGGGACCGCGGAGGAGUGUCAAAUGGUACCGGAGUCGGCUGCAUCCCCGUCACCGCUGGGGACGGCUGAGGUUGCUGCGGUCGUGGUUGAGGCAGGGAGGCGACAGCAACUACCCCCGAACGAAGAGACGGCGCCGCCUGCCGCUGAGUCAGCCGGAACCUCUGCUGGUGCCGGGGGCGCAAACAUGCAGGGACACGGCUGGGCGGGGAGUGGUAGACCGGUUCAUGGGACUGGCGUCGCCUCUUGCGCCGCUCGCGGGAAGAAGCUCCGCGCCCAGCCAGCACCGAGGCGGCCUGGAGCAAGGCUGGGACCUGGCGUCCCGGGACCCCUCCUGGGCUGGCUGCUGCAAGGGCAGUCGCCACAAGGGCCAGCACGUCCGCCGCCAUCUCACGUUGAAGCGGCUGUGGCGACCUCCACCGCGCAGACAACGACGCAGGCCGCGCCGACGCAGGCGCCGGGAAACCAAGUCCGCGCCACCAAUGGGGCGCCGGCAGUGACAGAUACGACAGCGGCAGCAGCGGGCUCGAACGUAGCGGUAGAGGCUGUAGGGACCAGGAGUUCGGCACGGCUGGGAGCGAUAACCUGGGGACCACCACGGGGAGGCCGCACGCCGUGGAUGCCGGCGGGCCGCGGUGGCAACGGAGCGGCUGAAACGGCGGGAGCGGCUAGGCGGGGACAACGAGGGGUUUUGUGCGGGGGGAUGAGAGGCGGACGGGGAGGGCGCAACCAACAACCCAGAUCGGAGAUCCCCGUGAGGACUGGCCCCUGGCGGGAGCGUCACGCCAGGCCUGAGAGAGCGAUCCCGCAGACGAAUGAGGGACAUGAGGUUUCUGACAACUCCGGGGCCGACCCUGAAUUUAUGGCUGGGGAGGAGGAGACCUCGGAAGAAAUCUCGUUCGAAGACGAGGAGGCACCCAGGAGGAGGAACAACCCCGAACCUCAAACUGGACUGGCGGCGGGGGGUAUUCCCAGCAACCCAGCGGAAGGAGAAGCACCUGCCACAGAGGAGACUGAUGUGCCUUCACCGGCCGACCUGGCCGGCGAUGACGCCAUCUGGCACAUGGCGGGGGAGUGGGAUGUCAACGUGCUUCAGCGAGGGGACCAGCCAUUCCUCGUCCGCCGGCUGCCACCACACAUCCUGGACAGAUACUCCUACGCGGACGACAUCACCAUUAUCGGCCAACGGGAAGCAGCGUGCCGUGCUUUCACCAAGAUAGCGGGUGACUUGGCCGAAUAUGGACUACGCUGCAACAUUUCUAAGUCAUCAGCAUGGGGAGCGGAGCACGACGGAGAUAACAGGGAGCUACCACUAGGCUUGGUGGCGGACCCGGGCGGGAUACGGGUCCUUGGCAGCCCUAUCGGCAGCGACGACUUCUGCACUGCCCAAGUCCGGGCGGCACUGGGGGAAGCUGCCUCGCCCCUUCCCCUUGUCUCUCAGCUAAACCCGCAACAUGCCAUGCUCAUAAUCUCCCGCAGCAUAUCCCGGCGCAUCUCAUACAUGCUGAGGACGACGCCGGCGACGACCUUGGGCGCUGAGGAGUGGAGGGACUGGAGUGAGGCAUUGGUUGGCUCGGCGCUCACAGCUGCAAGGCUCCGCAUCCCCAACUCGGAGCUGGAGCAGAGCUUACUGUGGCGACAGGCCACCCUCCCGAUUCGGCUGGGCGGUCUGGGAAUCAUUGACCCUGUCUCUGAGGCCCCGGCCGCCUACAUCGCUUCUGUCACGGCGGCGCACAUCCUUCUGCAGCACCUGAAUCUUCCUCCGGACUGCCUGCUACAUAGAGCAACGGCCCUGCUCUCCCACGAUUGGAGCCCACCACCGCCGGACAGCAGCACACUGUCAAGCUUAGAGAAGGGGCUGCCAGCCCAGGCACAGGUGGCGCUGGGAGCCUACAGGACGGGGAACAAGGGCACACGCAGCCUCCAGCUGGCCGAGAACGAGUACGCCGCACCUGUGGAUGGGGGAGCGGGAUCAACGGGCAGCACGGACGGAUAA